GCGAUUAUUCCUUUAUACUGCGUGAUUAGAAUAAUAAAACUUAUUUUUACGUAAUGGCAACCAUUUUUAGGUUUUACUGUAAACAAACCUUGAGUCGCGGGAAAAGAAUCUGUUUUGUAAGUUGGUUUUCAAUUUAAUGGAAGAAAAUAUGAUAUUUGGUUCUGAUGUGAAAUUACCCUCUUUACCGGGAUUACAGUCAGAUUGUGAGGAAGAACUUCGUAUGCUAAUGAAAGAAGUAGAUUUAGAGUUUGAGAGGAAGCAUCAUGAGAUUCUUCAAGAAUUGUAUAGACUCCGAGAAUUAUGCAGAGCGCAGAGGGAUGAAAUUGAAAAUCUAAAAUCUGCUUUAUUGUCGAAUGAACAGGAUGGCAAGCAUAAACAUACAGAGCAGCACAAAAACUUUUGUAUGGAAGAAAUUAAAAAAUUGAGAGAUGAAAUUUUUCAUUUGAAAAAUGAAAAUACCGUUUUGAAAAGAAAAGCUCGACUUUUAGAUGAAAAUGAACUAAUAAUGAAUAGCAUGAAGAGGAGUCUUAAUAUACAGCAGGAGGAAAAUAAUCUUGUACAAGGUAGAUUAUCAAAAUUAAUUGAUGAACACAAAACCUUACAAGACCAGUAUGAAAGGCUAACAAGUAUCUUUGAACAAAAGGAGAUUGGCAGGAAUGAAGAUUCUAAUAUAAAGUGUGGCAGUCCUGUGGUACUCUAGCCCUUCAGGGGGUCU